AUGCCAAUAUCUAUUGCUCAUAUAUUUUUCCCUAAAUUGAACAUUAUCUCAGUUGAACCACCGAUCAACCUUAUUAAUCGGCUAUGGUCUCUCGAAUUAGGGCUUAUGAAAUCCAAGUACACACUUGAAAUCGGCGUCCUGUCUUCGGCUCAGAUAUAUCCCCAAAAUCGUCCGGAAUCGAUUGUUCCCUCGCUGCCACCGCUUUACCAGACCCGCACCUCGCGACAGACGAUGAUCGGCACUCAGAUUGUUUGCCUUAAUUGCGCCAUUUAUGAGAUGAUAAAAUUUUGUGUUUCUUUAGAAGCAAGUGGAGUUGAUGGUAAGGAUUGUGAAGAAUCAUCAUGGAAGAAGGAACGAUCAGAAGGCGAGCUCUCAAAAGUUCAAUUUCUCAUAAACCCCAUUGCUUCUUGUCGGUGUACCAGAUUUUGGAACAGAGCCACUAAUUCUCACCUCAUCCAGCCUCCAGCCUUGGGCUCUUUCAUGAAAGAAGGAAGCGGUGAAGUGAGUAGGAAUUGGAAGAACUCAGAGGAAGAGGAUUAUUUGUGGGAUGAUGCGAGCUCAAGAAGAGUAAAUCCCAUUCUUACCUCGUCUAAUAGUUCAAAGAUAGAUCCUAGAUUGUAUUUCGACUCUGAAAGACCGGGUUUUGAAAAUCGUCAACCUUCACCUGAUCUACCAUCUACAGAACAACGGAUACCUUCUGCUUCAUUAAGGGCAAAAGGGUCAUUUUUACUAGAUGAAAAUGUCCACGAAUGA